AAACAGCAACAGGGGACCGGAACUGGCACCUGGAUUGGCACUGGCACCAGAACUGGGACCAGAACUGGCACUGGAACUGGCACUGGGAUUGGCACCAGCACCAGAACUGGGACCGGGACCAGGAUCAGCACUGGGAGCAGAACUGGCACCAGGACAGAAACUGGAACCGGCACCGGGACCAGAACCAGCACCGGGACCAGAACCGGCACUGGGAUUGGCACCAGGACCAGAGCCACGACUGGAAGCAGGACCAGAACCGGCACCAGAACUGGGACUGGAACUGGGACCAGAACUGGCACCAGGAUUGGCACCAGGACCAGAACCGGGACCAGGACCAGAACUGGGACUGGGAUUGGCACUGGGACAGGUACUGGAACCAGCACCAGAACCAGCACCGGGACCAGCACCAGAACUGGGACUGGCCCCAUCACCGCAACCGGGACCGGCACUGGGACCAGCACUGGCACUGGGAUUGGCACCAGAACCAACACCGGGACCGGGACCAGAACUGGGACCAGAAUCAGGACCGGAACUGGCACUGGGAUUGGCACCGGGACCAGAACCGGCACCAGAACCAGGACCAGCACCGGCACCAGGACCGGGACCGGCACCGGGACCAGCACCAGCACCAGAACCGGGACCAGAAUCGGGACCAGAACCGGGACUGGAACUGGGACCGGAACCAGCACCGGAACUGGCACCGGGACUGGAACCGGGACCAGAACUGGGACCAGAACCGGGACCAGAACUGGGACUGGAACUGGCACCGGGACCAGGAUCAGGACUGGGAGCAGAAUUGGCACCAGGACUGGAACUGGCACCAGGAUUGGCACCAGGACCAGAACCGGGACCGGAACCGGGACCGGAACUGGCACCAGGCCAGCACUGGGACAAGCACUGGCACUGGGACUGGCACCAGGACGGGGACUGGAACCACACCAGCACCACAAGCGGCACCGGCAGAGCCCCCGGGGCCACGGCCUGGCAGCCGUUUG